AUGCCGGGCCGGGCGGAGCCGUCGGGGGGACGCGCGGCGGCGGCGGGGCCGGUGGCGGUGCCCGUGCCGGUGACACCGGGCGCGGCGGCGCGGCCGGGAGGCGCGGGGCUGCGGGCCAAGGGCUUCGCCAUCACCGACCUGCUGGGGCUGGAAGCCGAGCUGCAGCCGCCCCCCGGGCCCCCCGCGGCCGCCACCGCCACCGGCGGCUACGAGGGCGGCGGGGCGCUGGGGCUGGGGCUGGGGCUGCUGUGCAGCCUGGGCGCGCCGGGCGCCCCGUGCCUGCUGCCCGCCCCGCUGCCGCUGCUGCCCGCCCGCGGCCCCCGCCCGCCGCCCGGGCCGCCGCCCGCCGCCCGCCGCCACAAGGAGAACAUCUCCGAUGAGGACAGCCUGUCCGGGGACGCCAGCGAGCUGAAGAUGUCCAGCUCCCAGAUCAAGAGGAAGAAACGCCGGCACAGGACCGUAUUCACAGCUCACCAGCUGGAGGAGCUGGAGAAGGCUUUCAAUGAAGCGCACUACCCCGACGUGUAUGCCCGGGAGAUGCUGGCCGUGAAGACGGAGCUGCCGGAGGACAGGAUACAGGUUUGGUUUCAGAACCGAAGAGCCAAGUGGCGGAAGCGGGAGAAGUGCUGGGGCCGCAGCAGCGUGAUGGCGGAGUACGGCCUGUACGGCGCCAUGGUGCGGCACUCCAUCCCCCUGCCCGAGUCCAUCCUCAACUCUGCCAAGAGCGGCCUGGUGGGAUCCUGCGCCCCGUGGCUGCUGGGUAUGCACAAAAAGUCCAUGGAGGUAAGCAGGAAGGCAGAGAGCCAAGAGAAGCUGGCAGAUGGCUGGCGAGUGGAGCAGCAGGAGGAGGAGGAGGAACUCAAAGGGACGCAGGCCAGCUCCCAGAAGGGCUCUGACAAGCUUGGGCCUGCAAAAGACUCGGAGGACACAGCCAUCGACCUGUCCAGGACAGCCAAGCACGAGAAGAGGGGUGUGCUGAGGCAGUACAUCAACGGGGACCCCCCCUCAGAGCAGAAGGACAGGGACCACUGA